AUUAUAUUUGUAUAGAUUGGCACUUAUAUUGUGUGACAAUUGUAUGCCUUAUGUGAUGCUGUGAUUGAUUGGCAUCGAAAUGACUCAAACAAAAUCAUCCAAAUCUUGUCUUAAAUUAUUAACAAUCGCUUUCAUCGCAAUCUUAUCAUCCGUUUUGCCAUUAGUUAACUCAGAGACGGAUUUCAUAAUUAGUGAGCAAAUAGAGACGUGUGCCGAGAAUGCCAAAGGGUCACAAUUGUUCAAGUUCACAUUUGGCAAGGCAGUUCAAUCUAGCUCAAUUGCUGUUGAAGACACGUCGGGAACGUUUGAAUUGAACACAACCAAUGAUAACAAAGCCACUGUCAGUCUGAAGAAACCGGUGGACAACAGCGACAAUAACUUUGUGCUCAACAUUACAUUAGAUGCGGACAAAAAGAUCCAAAUAAUCGGCACUUUCAUUAAAAACUGUGACAACUCUUACACCUCUUCGUGUACUGUAAUCAUCGCAUUCUUGGCCAGUCUUUGUCUCAUAUUGUUUACAGCACUCGCGUUAGCGCUCAUUAUAUUGAGGCGUAAGAAACCGAUUACUUUUAAAUUUGGUGGAAGAGAUGAUAGGGAGUCGAUUCAUGAUGAACACUACGAACAGCCGCCCAAAGAAUCGACUAUCGAUGCGACCAAUAAUAUACUGAUUGGCGCUAAAGCCGUCCACAACGCCAAUAGUCCGCGAACUUCUUAUCCGAGAAAGUCGUCACUAAAGCCCUCCAAGAGUUUGACGGAUCAGAUGAACAACAACUACGACAACACCGCCUUUAAUAUCAGCGAAUUGGGAGCCGUCCAAGAGUUGGUCGAAGAGGUGAACGAAGAGACACAAAUUGAACAGAAGCCUCGUUUCCAAGAGACCAGAAGGAAGUCUAUAGUGACGUUCAGUGACACCACUCAAGUCAAGUACUGAUUAGGUCUACAAAACUAAUAGUGAUUGAUUGCCGCUAAUUAUUGUUUAAUUAGCAGCAAAUUUAAAUAGUAUUCAAAUGUUGUGAUUGAAGUUUAUAUAGGAAUUCACUAAAUGCCUAAAAAUAAUCAUCAAAUUAAGGAUUUGUUUUCAAAUUGCC